CUCGCUUUACUUCUUUUGAAACAUCUCCCUAAUUCGCGCUCUUCAUCCCCCUGGCCACGGCGGAGGAGAAACCCUAAUUGUUAGAGGCGAGAGCGAGCGAGGUGGUAAUGAUGGAUAUGGAUGAUCCUCUUGAUUUCGAGAACGAAGACCCUAUUGUCAAUCCUCCUCCCGAUGUUAAGAGAAGAAAGAAAGUUAUCGGGUUGGACGAUCUGCUAUGUGAUUUUUACAAAGAGAAGAGUAAGCAUAUCGACAAGGCAAACAAACAGAAGAAAGCUAGGAAGAUUUAUGAUUCCGAUGAAGACGAGAAUGGAAAAGAAGCUUUGCUUUCUAAAUAUGUUAAUGACUGCCAGAAUCAGAUGAAUGAGAUAAGCGGUGAGGAGGAUAUUCAAGAGUGGGGGUUGUCCAUGUUUGGGGAUCAGGAAAUUCCACCAGCUUUAGUACUCCCUGAACUGGGAAGCUGUUGCUUGUUUAAGGAUUUCACGAAUAAUGAAAUGAGUUCCAUGGUGGACCUUACAGGAGACAAAGGAGGGAUACUUCUUGAAGGACUUCUGAAGAAUGGAUGGCUUACAAGAUUGGUCUUGACUUGUGCACAUGCGGAAACAUUGAUAUGCAAAUGGACACUUAAUUUAUUGUUGUAUUCGUCAAAAGAAGAGCUAAGAUCAUCUGCUUGUGAUUUCUGGUGUUCCAUACUUGAAUCCCAAAAGGAGGUUAAUGGACGACCUGUUAAAAUUGAUUGGCUUCCCAGCUAUCAUGAAAUCAAAGGAGCUCUUGAGACUUAUGGGUUUCAAUUUAGUUCCUCUCCCAACUCAAACCAUGCUAACACUGAUUUUGAGUCUCAAGGUCCACCGCAAAGUAUUAGAGCCUGGAUCACAUUUGUAGCAGCUUGUUGUCAGACUAGGGGGAAGAAACGGAUCUUUGCCAUUUCUCAAGCUGAACAGCUAGCUGAAGUCACUGUGUGGUUGCUUCUAGAUCGCCGUCUUCUAGGUCUUUCACUGCUUUUACACGAUUGCCUGGAAUCAAUUGUUGGAUACUUCAAAGAGGGAGAAUGGGUCUGCAGCUGCAAGAAAAUAACAAACUCACUUGCUUCCAGAGUUCCUUCGGACAUAAACUGCCUGAAGAUGGUAGAAUCCAUAUCGGGGGUUGACGCUCGUAGUAAGCAUCUGAGAAGUGCCUUGGCAAAUCAGAUGCUUAUGGUAUUACUGGAACAUCGUGAGGCUAAUGAAGAAGAGAUUUUGAGCUCCCUAGUGUCAAUCAAUGUCAAAGAGAAAGGUUGUGACCUUUUCAAAACAUACAUUUCCAUGGCUCUGGCUGAGAACUGGCUCUUGCAUGGCUCACUGCUCGAAGAAAAGCCAGUGCUGAAGGAGAUGUGGGGAGUGUUUCUGAGAAACUGUUCUUGCCAGAUCAACAGCACAGAUCUUCGGGCGUUUGCAUCCAAGAUUCGUACCAAAGCCUCCUAUCUUCUACAGGGGUGCGUCAUAAAUUGACAUGGUUUCAAAAAAAAAAAAAAAGGUGAUUGCUUUCCUUACAAUGCGUUUGCAGAAUGAUAAAUCUGAAACUUGUAGAUCAAGAAAUAUUCAGAGUACUUAAUGUGGGUUUUGCACCAUAGUAUAUAUUCUAUGAUUUAGGAUCCAAGAAUGUAUGUGUAUAAAAAUCCAUCAUGUUGAUCUUCUACUACGUU